AUGAAGAGCGCCGUUUGGGCCUACAAGAACCUCAUUCCCAAUGAUCCGCGGGCGGCGGAGCCGUUAGCCGAGCCUGGACUUCCCAGGUCGCAGACUGGGACAUGGCUCAGUGAUCCAGAGGGACAGGAGGAACGGAAGAGCCCCGGAGGUGAGAUCAGUACUAGGUUAUCUCUAGACAGAGAGCAACAGUCUAGCUACCAGCUGGUGGUUGUGGUACAAGACGGAGGCACGCCCCCUCGCAGCGCUACGGGUACUGCCCACAUCACCGUAUUGGAUGAGAACGACAAUGCCCCUGUCUUUAGCCACGCCCACCCCGACAGGGAACUGCUCAUACAGGUGAUGGAGGAAUCCCAGCCUGACUCAGUCUUGGGGACAAUAACAGCUAAAGAUCCUGAUGAGGGAGAGAACGGAACAAUCCAUUACUCACUGUCAG